UCAAGCUAUUCUCAGAAGAAGCAGCUUUUUCUAUUUUCUUUCUCUAAAACUUUGUUCGAUUGAAAAUGGCAACCCGCAUGGUGAAGUUCGUUGGUCUCUUGCUUUUGUCACUCUUUGCCAUCUCCAUGAUCGAAUCCGCUCAGGUUUCAGCAGGCACGACUCCUUAUUAUGGAUCAGGAAGCGUGAGUCCGAAUCAGUGCAAUGCGAGAUGCUCAACGAGAUGCAGUAAGACAAAGCACCAUUUCCCAUUUUGCAUGGAAUCUUGCAUGCCUUGCUGCAGGAACUGUGGAUGUGUUCCCCCAGGUUUUUCUGGCAACAAACCUAUGUGCCCUUGUUACAACAGCAUGAAGACCCAUCGAGGAACCCCAAAAUGCCCAUGAUCACUUCCAUUAUUAGUUGAACUACUUGUAUUACAAUUAAUUUUUACUAAUUGUACGAAU